UUGCAGCACGGCCCCGCCCCUCGAGCCUCUCGCCCACCAAUCCUGGGAGCGAGAGAGGGGAGCGGAACAUCGUUCCCCAGCGUUCGGCGGGGCCGCAUCACCUAAGUCUCCUUUCUUGCGGCCUCGGAGCCGGUGGGCCAAUCGUAAGGGGAGAGGGGGAGUCGGGGACCUGCUGGCAAGCCCCAAUCCCGCUUCGUUCACCAUGACCGCCGUAACCACCAGCGCAUCCAGCUUCCUGUCGGACCUGGAUUUCUGCCCCGAGUGCGGCUCCAUCCUGCCCCUCCCUGGGGCCCAGGACACGGUCACCUGUGUCCGCUGCGCCUUCGCCAUCGACGUGCGGGAUUUCGAAGGGAAGCUGGUGGAGACCACGGUCAUCUUCAACAAGCUGGGGGCCACGGCACCCUUGGCCAAGGAGGAGGAGGCUCCCGAGACGCGGGGGCCCGUGGUGGACCGACGCUGCCCUCGCUGCGGCCACGAGGGGAUGGCGUACCACACCCGCCAGAUGCGCUCCGCUGAUGAGGGGCAAACCGUUUUCUACACCUGUACCCGUUGCCGGUUCCAGGAGAAAGAAGAUUCGUGAGCGGAGGAGUGCCGCUAAUCUAACCCUCCUGUUUCCAUACGGUCCCAGAUUCCCCGCCCCAAUCUCCGCCUCAGCCGAGCGGGGUCCCCUUCCCUCAGAAGCUGUGAUGUGGAACCCCCAUUUGCUGGAAGCAGCCUCCCACCUCGUGUGCCCCCCGUGGGGGUCAGAAUCUUUCUUCCUUGCUCUCCCCAACCCUUUCUGAGGGGUGUCCCUAUUAAAAUGCACUUUUAUCUA